UACCAACAGCACUCCUCCCGCCAGUCUCGCCACUUUUUGAAGUGUCCGCUCCACUUGACUGAUCCAACGACUACGCCGAUCCUGCGUCUCCACUUCACAAAGCCAACUUCAACUUGCUCCAUGCGCGACCUCUUAAUGGUGACUAUUAAUAGACUGAGCCAUCAGUCGCGGGACUUUACGAUAAUGUGCCCGGAAGAGGAUUCGUGCCAGGAGGUUAAACCAUACUUCAUGACCUGUACUUCACCUUGAGCACUUGUAUAUUCAGAAGGUGACUCCUGAGGACUACCCCUUGUCAGGUUCAAGCUCAGUCAUCGUGUGUGACAAUUCUGUCAGUCAUUUAACCAGUCAGUCAGUCAGUCAGUCAUCCAGUCAACUAGCCACCUAGCCAGUCAACUAGUCAGCCAACCAGGAGGCCGACGGCUCGCCAGCUCGCAGUGUUCUUCAAGAGGUCGACCCACUUCGUUCAAAGGCGAGAGGGACCGUACUGGGUAUACCUGGUGCCGCCACUAUCUCUUCACGCUGGUACCUACUCCCAGCCCACUCCUCGCCAUAUCAGAUAUAGGAAGCACUUCGUACUCGGAUGUGUGUCUUGUACGCUCGAAUGCAGCGCAGCGCGGGCUGCCUCGAAACUCUUCUGCAGUGUGGUCUCCUCAGUUGGUGAACAAACAAUCCUCGUGGAUCUUGAUGAAGAGACUCUUGGGGACUGGCAAUAGAAAAAUUGUAUCGUUGCGGAUAUCCGAACUGUCAUGUUAGUAAUUUGUGAAUACGAGAGUGCUUAUAUGGAACAGUGAUAACUGUCACAAUUGGACACGUGGUCAGUGACAACAGUGAAUAUUGAUUUUCUUUUCGUGAGACGAGUCUGAUGGGAUUGUAACUGUCAAACGGUUACAUUGGGGAAAAAAUUUAAUGCUCACGAAUAUUUUAAUUAUUUCGAGUAUUUAAUUUGCGAAAACAAAGUUACCCGAAGCUCUGGAUUAUCGUCCGCUGCCUUGCGAGACUGGCCGAAGAUCCAUGUGGGAGGCAGAAUUAAAAUAUAAAAAUAAUUUAAUUAAUAGGAUGGGUUUUCAAUGUGAUGCUACUGUGUAAAAGUUUAUACACGUGUCGAUAUGUGUAGAUCAGUGUGAGCGCUCCUUUAUAUCUAGCUGUACACUGUACAUAUACAAGUACCUUUGAGGAUCCACGUUGUUGAAAGUCGAUGUGCUUAAAAUCGAAGCAGAAACCUGUCAAGACCUAAUUCCGAGUGUACUUCAGCGAGGCGGCAUCUUUUGUACGCGAUCUGCACGCUGCAAAAGGUACCCCGGGAGACUAAUUACGCGGAGCCAUACAAGGCGCGAGUCUCCGGAAGUCUGCUAAUAUGACGGAAGACUGAAUGCCUGAAUCGAGGCAAACCACUGUGAGCAACGGUCGACUUCAAAUCGGGAUCAGGAUGCGGUGGAUCGGUUACGUGGCUACAAUACUCUGGUGGUCGGGCAUCGCCAGGUCCCUCAGCUCCCUGAAUCGAGGUCACAGCUACAAGAUCAGCCCAAAGCCAUGCAGAGUACCUGGUCCAGAAGGCAACGAAGGCACCUGCAUGUUCGUAUGGGAAUGCAUCAAGUCCGAAGGCACGCACGUUGGCGUAUGUGUAGACACCUUCAUGUUUGGUAGCUGUUGCGUGCACAAUUCUACGUCAAACAGCAUAAACUCGCAGCAGGUGUCAUCACCCAACACACUGAGGCCAUCAUUGGCCGAUGCACUGACAGAUGAGCCAACGAGACCAACGUUGACGUCGCUAUCAAGUCUCGUGCAGACUGUACCAAGCUCAUCUAGACCUGCAAUAUACUCAUCCCAGAACCACGCCGGAAGUACACUGAGGCCACACAAACCCACAUCCGGCAGCUUGCCUCGUCCCUCGCAGAAGAGACCUCACUCAAAACCCACUUCUGAUCAGGACAACAGACUUCAGUCUUCGGACGUCCUCGAAGAUGAUCCGCAUGUUUGGGAUAAUGGUCCCCAAGGUGUUAAAAGACCUCAGACUAGUUUACUGAGUCAUCAACAGGUGUUGAAAACAAGGCCUCAUAAUGAUGAUUAUCUGUCUACCGCUUCAAGCACUUUGGGGAAUGUUCAGGGUAAUCAAGGAUUUAAGGACAAGAUUGACGAUACUCAUAAUACCCUGCUGAUUAGGCUACCAAGUAAAAAUCAAGGUGUCAGUGCUAAUAAAGGUCAGCAAUUCAAGCCUUACAGACCUGGAUUGAACCAGAGGCCAUCUGAAUCAAGACCUGAUGACAGUGGAACGGAAGUCACUGAUUUGACAGUUCAAGAAACUAUACACCGACCAAGCGUCAACUCCGUGGACGGACCUGAACCUGCCGAGAAUUCCCAUCCAAGCUUAAACUUCAUUCACACCGAACCUCCUCAAUGGGCGACUAAUCCAGCUGCAUCCAACAAACCAACUGAUUAUUCAAAACCAUAUUUUUCCAUCAAGACGACGACUUAUCGUCCCGUCGCUCUAAGCGAGUCAACCAGCACCGGAAGCAGUCACGUCUCAAAACCAGAUAACCAGAACAGUCCUGACAAGUCUCCCACGACCACGAGACCAACUUACUACAGUAGUCAGUCCACCAGCGCAGCCGGAUCCGUAUCUCAGACUGUACAUUGGCAAGUAACCACGGAACCAGCAUUCAUAACCAAACAAAGACCCUCCUCAACAAAGCCUGUAACCAUAUUGGAAACAACGAGACCAUCAAGUUCCAGUAAUCAUUUUUGGUCGGAAAAUAGUUGGAAGCCACCUAAACCGUCAUUGAAACCUCAUUGGACCGACAAUCCUAGCUUGUUGCAAAAUGGUCCAGAGAAUUUUCCUCAUCGUCCAAGUUUCAAGCCAACAGAGUUGCAAGAAAAUUCCGAGUACCACAAGCCACUCGGUUCAGCCCACUACAUAACGACCUCUUAUAUCGAGACUUCGACCAAGCCAAGACCUACAAAGAAGACCACGAUCUCCACUACAACCUCCACCACAACGACCACCACGACAACAACAACUACUACUCCAAGACCUACAACAACUACAACCACCGCAAUGUCUACCAGUCCCACCAGUGAGACCUUACCCCAAACAGCAUUUAAAUCGGGGAACGUAGAGACCGUUUCCGCCGGAACCGAAGGCAGGGACAUGCCUUGCGGCCUACAGUCGCAAUUUCCACAUCCUGAGACCAGGAUAGUCGGUGGCAAGGACACUGGUUUUGGAAGAUGGCCGUGGCAGGUAUCCGUGCGCAGAACGUCGUUCUUUGGCUUCUCCAGUACUCAUCGUUGCGGUGGGGCAGUGCUAAACGAAAAUUGGAUUGCGACUGCAGGCCACUGCGUGGACGAUCUGUUAACGUCCCAGAUACGGAUACGCGUGGGAGAGUAUGACUUCUCGUCGCUACAAGAGCCUUACCCCUUUGUUGAACGAGGGGUCGCUAAGAAGGUCGUACAUCCAAAGUAUAAUUUUUUCACGUACGAGUAUGACCUUGCUCUUGUCAAGCUCGAGAGUUCAUUGACAUUCGCUCCGCACAUAGCACCGAUUUGCCUACCGGCUGGAGAUGAUCUCUUGAUAGGGGAGAAUGCUACUGUUACCGGAUGGGGUAGGCUCAGCGAGGGUGGCACGUUACCAUCGGUUUUACAAGAGGUCUCCGUACCGAUUGUUAGUAAUGACAAAUGCAAGUCCAUGUUCCUACGGGCUGGAAGACACGAAUUCAUUCCUGAGAUUUUUCUCUGUGCCGGGUAUGAGAGUGGAGGACAGGAUUCUUGCCAGGGUGAUUCUGGAGGACCACUUCAAGUCCGCGGUAAAGACGGUCGAUAUUUCCUCGCUGGAAUAAUAUCCUGGGGCAUCGGUUGCGCCGAAGCAAAUCUACCGGGCGUCUGUACAAGAAUCUCCAAGUUCGUCCAAUGGAUACAGAAAAACGUCACCUGAAGGGAAGACUAGUUAAAAGGAAAGCUCCUGGAUAUUGGGAAACAGAAGAUUAUGGAAAAUAACGAAAGUCAGGAAUCGUAGCUAAAAAAUAAUAAGACAGCGACAACUACUUCGAGUCGGUUCUUGAAUCUUUGUAUCUUUAAGUGACAUGGAAAAUAAUCGAAAUUCGAGAAUCCAAGAAAAAGAAACUAUACCAAAACGUACGAAUUUUUUAAACGAUUUCUCGUUCGUUUCAGAUCGCGACUGAAAUGAUAUUAUCCUAAGUGAGUGAUAAGAUACUCAGCAAUAAGAAAUACUCGAAUGACACUGCGGGUUUAGUGGAAGUAAGCGAGAUGAACAUUUUUCAAAGUGAGAUACGUAUCGUGAGUGUUCUGAAUAUAAAAAAUGCCCAGUUUAUUUUUUUUGAUUCCCUCCUCUUCCAAGAUCGUCGCCUUAUACUGCUUUAAGUUAUAAGAAUUUGUCGGGACGCUCGAAACGGAAAACUAAAAUCUAUACAAUUUAUUUAUAUAAACUGCGACAAUCGCGCGAUGUACGAACUGUAUUUAUAUAAAUAUGAGUAAGAUGAUAAUAUAUUCGUUUAAUAUAGUGAGCUAGGUAGAUAUAUACAUAUAUACUACACAGCGUUUCCAAAAGUGACGAGAGCCCUUUUUGCGAAAGACGUCGUUACGCACUGUUUGCGUCUUUCCUGUUAUUCUGUAGAAAGACAGAGAAACUAUAUAUACAUAAUAUACACGUACGCAUAUAAAUCGUAUGUAUACGUACUUGUGUAGCAAGGUUUGUAAAUGCUAAACUCUUGCCUAUUCACUGGAGUCUCGAUCGGCAAACGAUUCUUAUGAUAAUUCUUUGCGUACGAAAAAAAACAAAUAAAAAGUGAAAUUGCGAUCGAGUUUCAUCGUCCCUGAGCCAAUUCGUUUCCCCACCUUUCUUAUAAGUUUCUUCCCUAUGUCUUUCUUAUUAGUUUCUCUUUCCCCUGCUCUUUUUUUCUUUCUAUUCACGCCAAUUUGUACAGAGCACAACGUACAUGUAUACUUGAAGAUAGGUGCCUACGAUAGAACUAUUAUAGAAAGACGUUAGGUUUAAAGUUUUAUUAAAAAAAAAAAAGAAGAAAAUUGUUCAUACGAUACAAAGCUAUUAUUUAUAAGCAACGUCAAAUAAAUAUAAUUCCAUUAUUA